AUGUUCCCGCUCGAUGCUGAGGCCUACAAUUGGCUUCUCAAAACUGAGCAGGUCACCUUGGAGGUUAGCCACGCGGAGAAGGGGCAGGUGACUGUUCACUAAGGCUUUCUCGCACUCCGUUCCCCUCACAUGGCAGGGCAGGGCAAUCACCAAGCCCGGUUCGCUGGUGGACAAGGAUGGCAAGCUUCAGCUCGCCAACGGGCCAGCAGCUGCCGUCAAGAUAUUGGUACCAUGGUGCCAUGGAGUAUGUUACACAUCCAUCGUGGAGCAUGCAGUGGCUAGACAUCCGCAGGGCCAGCUUCAUUAUGUGUUCGAGUGCCAAAAGGUCGGCGCGAGCGACCUGGACAAACGCAAGUCCAUCCUGAUUGAUAUCUGGUUCUUUUGCGACAUGUAG